ACAAAAUCCAAACGCACUCACAAUGUCACACCUACACUCAACCAUAAUCAACACUUCUCUCUCCGUCUCUGUCUCUCUUUUCCCACCAAACUCUAACCCGUACCCGAACUCCAACCCGAACCCGAAUACUCCAUGGCUACCACCGCUAACCCGUUCGCUAUUUCUCUCUCCUCCAACCCAACAUCUCUUCGUAAAACCAACAACUCCUCCGAUUCCUUUCUCCGCGUUCAGAGUCCUAACUCGGUCUCGCUCCGCUCUUCCUUCGUUUCCCCGAGUUCGAUCGAGUUGAAUUUGAAUCGGGGAGUGAGCACGGUGUCGAGCGCGAGUCGAGUCAGGUCGAGGAUUUGCGCGAGUUCGGCUCCGGUAAUGGAAUCGGCGGCUAAAACUGAUUCUAAUGCCCCGACUAUCGUGGACGUGGAUUUGGGCAACCGGAGCUACCCGAUUUACAUCGGAUCCGGACUCCUCGAUCAACCUCACCUUCUCCAGAAGCAUGUUCAUGGGAAGAGAGUACUUGUGGUCACUAAUAGCACAGUUGCACCACUCUACCUGGAUAAAGUUGUUGAAGCUUUAACUAAGGGGAACCCUAAUGUUUCUGUGGAGAGUGUGAUUUUACCAGAUGGUGAGAAGUACAAAGACAUGGAUACACUUGUGAAAGUCUUUGACAAGGCCAUUGAGUCGCGGUUGGAUAGGCGUUGUACAUUUGUUGCCCUAGGAGGUGGUGUGAUUGGCGACAUGUGUGGCUAUGCUGCUGCCUCUUUCCUCCGUGGCGUUAAUUUCAUUCAGAUUCCUACAACAGUGAUGGCACAGGUGGAUUCCUCUGUUGGGGGCAAAACUGGGAUAAACCACCGCCUUGGGAAGAACUUGAUUGGUGCUUUUUACCAACCUCAAUGUGUACUUAUAGACACAGACACAUUAAACACAUUGCCGGAUAGGGAAUUGGGAUCAGGGCUUGCAGAGGUUAUAAAGUAUGGGCUUAUAAGGGAUGCUGAAUUUUUUGAGUGGCAGGAGAAGAAUAUGGAGGCAUUAAUGGCUAGGGAUCCAAGUGCACUCACUUAUGCUAUAAAGCGAUCAUGUGAAAACAAGGCUGAGGUUGUGUCCUUGGAUGAGAAGGAAGGUGGACUGAGGGCAACACUGAACUUGGGUCAUACAUUUGGCCACGCAAUAGAAACUUCAUUUGGCUAUGGGCAAUGGCUCCAUGGAGAAGCUGUUGCAGUUGGCAUGGUCAUGGCUGUUGACAUGUCACAUCGCCUUGGUUGGAUUGAUGAUUCUAUUGUGAAGCGAGUUCACAACAUUCUGCAACGGGCUAAGUUGCCUACUACCCCUCCUGAAAUGAUGACGGUGGAGAUGUUCAAGUCUGUUAUGGCUGUUGAUAAGAAGGUAGCUGAUGGACUACUAAGGCUCAUCCUUCUAAAAGGUCCUCUAGGCAAUUGUGUUUUUACAGGUGAUUAUGAUAGAAAGGCCCUGGAUGAAACACUCCGUGCAUUUGUUAAGUCCUGAUUUGAGAUCUGAAGCUGACAUUUCUCCACAGCGUGCAAAUUUUGUACCACAUCUCUCUCAUUGUGUAUUAUGUCUAUUGUUUUCCAUGUACUUCGGAUGACUUGACCCUUGGUCUACCUAAAUUCUGUUGGCAAGUGCUCUUACCAAGCUGUAAUUUUAAAAAUUGUAGCAUGCUCAAUAAUUCAUCCCUAGGUAUUUAUAUAAUUUUUUUUAUGUAGUUUUCUGAUUUA